AUGGCUGGCUGUGUGUUUCCAGCGGGCCCAGAGAGCUUACAGAGGUUCACACGGGACUCCCUGGCGGCCAUCGAGCAGCGCAUCGCCCAGGAGGAAGCCCGGCGAGCCAAACAUUACCAGGAGGACCUGGGAGAUGUGGUGCUUCCCAAGGCCCGGGUCGACCUGGAGGCUGGAAAACAACUCCCUCGAAUAUUUGGAGACAUCCCCUCUCAUCUGGUCGGGGUCCCCCUGGAGGACAUCGACUCCUACUACUUUAGAGACCAGAGGACCUUCGUAGUUCUCAACAAAGGGAAGGCUAUCUUCCGUUUCAGUGCCACAUCUGCCCUCUACAUCUUCAGCCCCUUCCACCCGGUCCGCAAGAUCUCCAUCAAGAUCCUGGUCCAUUCAUUAUUCAGUUUAUUCAUCAUGUGCACCAUCCUGACCAACUGUUGCUUCAUGGCCAUGUCCGAGCCAGCCUACUGGGCCAAAUACCUUGAGUACACCUUUACAGGUAUCUAUACGUUUGAGUCGCUGAUUAAGAUCCUUGCUAGGGGCUUUUGUUUGGGGCCCUUUACCUUCCUGAGGGACCCCUGGAACUGGCUAGAUUUCAGCGUCAUAGUCAUGGCAUAUGUGACUGAGUUUGUGGACCUGGGUAAUGUGUCAGCCUUAAGGACGUUCAGGGUGCUGCGAGCGCUCAAAACCAUCUCGGUCAUCCCAGGCCUGAAGACCAUCGUGGGCGCCCUGAUCCAGUCGGUGAAGAAGCUGGCGGACGUGAUGAUCCUCACGGUCUUCUGCCUCAGCGUCUUCGCCCUCAUUGGCCUGCAGCUCUUCAUGGGGAACCUGCGGCAGAAAUGCGUCCGCAGCACCGUGCACUGCGUCAACGGCACGCUGCCGGCCAACGCCACCUUCUACUGCAACAACAAGACCUGGACCUCCGUCAAGGACUUCCUCAACGACGAGGAUAACUUCUACAAGGUGGAGGGAGCGAAAGACGCCUUAAUCUGUGGGAACAGCAGCGACGCAGGGAAGUGUCCAGAUGGCUUUGACUGUCUGAAGACGGGUAGGAAUCCAAACUAUGGCUACACCAGCUUCGACACCUUCGGCUGGGCCUUCCUCUCUCUGUUCAGACUCAUGACACAGGACUACUGGGAAAACCUCUAUCACCAGACGCUGCGCUCGGCCGGGAAGACCUACAUGGUUUUUUUUGUGGUGGUGAUCUUCCUGGGCUCCUUCUACCUGGUCAACCUCAUCCUGGCCGUGGUUGCAAUGGCGUACGAAGAGCAGAACCAGGCAACCAUCGCCGAAGCCUGGCAGAAAGAACGAGAAUUUCAGAUCGCCAUGGAAAGACUCAAGAAAGAGCAACAGGUUUCUGCUCAGAAAACUCUGGACACCGAAUCCAUGGUGUCACCAGAACCCUCUCCUUUUGGGCCUCCCUUGGACCGCAGAGAGGAGCGAAGGUGGAGCCUGGGACUGGUGGGUGUGGCUGAUGUCGAGGCAAACUUAUCGGAGGAGAAGCUGCUGCAGUUGGAAAUGACAGACGGCAGUAAGUCCAUCCAUCCUUUUCUCUCUCGCUCUCUCUCUGCCCGCACGCGGAGGGGAAGCCAGGUCUCCUCCAUCUUCAACUUCCGUUUAAGGAGCCGGGGGUCGGAAAGUGAAAUGGCCGAUGAUGAGUACAGCGUGCCGGGAGACGUAGUGGAGGGGCCGCCCGGGGGCCGAGCGGGGGGACCGCUGGGGGGGAUCCUGCCCCACCAGUGGACCAAACGACGGCCAAGUACCUACAGCAACACCAGCAGAGGCUCCCAGGUGUUUUAUCCAUCUCUCAAUGUCAAUGGGAAGCUGUUUGUGGCCGUAGACCAGAAUGGGGUGACCCCCCCGGUUCUGCAGGGGCCGCUGCCAUCCUGCACCAUGGAGAAGGUCAAUGAAGAAAGCGUCCCUACCUCCACCACAGAGCUCAGUACCAUGCUGCUGGCCCGGCCUCCGUCCGCACAGGACUCUCAAAGGAGGGACCGGGCGAUGAGCACCACCAGCUAUCUUACAGAUGCCAUGGAGGAACUGGAGGAGUCCCAUAAGAAGUGCCACCCAUGCUGGUACACCUUCGCUCACCACCAUCUGAUCUGGGAGUGCUCCCCCCGCUGGCUGAGAAUCAAACAGCAGGUGAAGUUCAUGGUGAUGGACCCUUUUCUGGACCUGGCCAUCACAGUCUGCAUCGUGCUCAAUACCCUCUUCAUGGCCAUGGAGCAUUACCCCAUGACCGACGAGUUCAACGGUAUGCUCAGCAUCGGAAAUCUGGUGUUCUCAGGUAUCUUCACAGCAGAGAUGGUGUUGAAGAUCAUCGCUCUGGAUCCGUAUUAUUACUUUCAGACCGGCUGGAACAUCUUCGACAGCAUCAUCGUGUGUCUCAGCCUGAUGGAGCUCGGCCUGUCUGAUGUGGAGGGACUGUCUGUCCUCCGAUCCUUCAGACUGUUGCGGGUGUUUAAACUGGCUCGGUCAUGGCCAACCCUGAACACUCUGAUAAAGAUCAUUGGGAAUUCCAUGGGCGCCCUAGGGAACCUCACACUGGUCCUCGCCAUCAUCGUCUUCAUCUUCGCCGUGGUCGGCAUGCAGCUCUUCGGCAAAAACUACCAGGACUGUGUGUGUAAGAUUUCAAAGGACUGCAUUCUGCCUCGCUGGCACAUGAAGGACUUCUUCCACUCUUUCCUCAUUGUGUUUCGGGUUUUGUGCGGCGAGUGGAUCGAGACAAUGUGGGACUGCAUGGAGGUCGCCGGUCAGCCGCUCUGCAUCCUGGUCUUUAUGCUUGUCAUGGUCAUCGGGAACUUAGUGGUGUUGAAUCUCUUCCUGGCGUUGCUGUUGAGCAGCUUUAGUUCAGACAACCUUUCUGCUCCCGACGACGACGGAGAGAUGAACAACCUGCAGAUCGCCAUCCACAGAAUUACCAGAGGACUGGCAUGGUGUCGGAGACAGGUGGUGGAUUUUUUCAAUGGGAACCUGAAGCGUCGUCGCCAGAAGAGGAAGGAGGCCAAAGCCAUGAUGAAGCUAAAACGUCUCAGUGCCAUUCAAACCACAGAGGCUAAUGGGGCAGUCAUAGGGCGUCAUGUGGAGAAGUAUGUGGUCCCGGAAGACGACAGCUACAUGACGAACCCCAACCUGACCAUCAGCGUCCCCAUCGCCCCAGGGGAGUCGGACCUGGAGUUCCCCGAGGAAGAGGAGGAGGAGGAGGAGGAGGAAGGAGAGCAGAGCAGCGACAGUUCCGAUGAGGAAGAACAGAGAGAGGAGCAGAAAGAUGACAUCAGCUUAUCAGAGGGUAGUACAGUGGACCUGAGGAAGCCUGGCGAGGAAGAGGAUGAAUACUCAGAGAUGGCUGAGGAGGCCAUGGACCCAGACAACUGCUUUCCUGACAUGUGUGUGCACAGGUUUCACUGCUGUGAGGUGGACACUACAGACGGUUUGGGUCAGGCUUGGUGGAGGUUGAGGAAGACCUGCUACCAGAUUGUUGAACACAGCUGGUUUGAAUCCUUCAUCAUCUUCAUGAUUCUUCUCAGCUCCGGAGCUCUGGCUUUUGAGGAUAUCUACAUCGAGCAGAGGAGGGUGGUAAAGGUGGUGCUGGAGUACGCUGAUAAGAUCUUCACCUACAUCUUCAUCCUGGAGAUGUUGCUCAAGUGGAUUGCCUACGGCUUCAAGAAAUACUUCACCAACUACUGGUGCUGGCUGGACUUCCUCAUUGUGGAUGUGUCGUUGGUCAGUUUGGUAGCUAAUACGCUGGGCUACUCGGACUUUGCAGCCAUCAAAUCCCUGCGGACGCUCAGGGCCCUCAGGCCGCUAAGGGCCCUCUCCAGAUUUGAAGGCAUGAGGGUGGUGGUGAAUGCUCUGAUCGGAGCCAUCCCGUCCAUAAUGAACGUGCUGCUCGUGUGUCUGAUCUUCUGGCUCAUCUUCAGUAUCAUGGGCGUCAACCUGUUCGCCGGGAAGUUCGGUCGCUGUGUCAACCGCACGGGUUACGUCUACAAUGCCUCAUUCAUCAACAACAAGACCGAGUGUCUCGCCCUCAAUGACACGCAGUUCUACUGGAGCAAGGUCAAGGUCAACUUCGACAAUGUGGGAGCCGGCUACCUCGCACUGCUGCAAGUGGCAACAUUUAAAGGUUGGAUGGAGAUCAUGUACGCAGCGGUGGACUCGCGUGCUGUUGAGGAACAGCCUAUUAAGGAGAUCAACCUCUACAUGUACCUCUACUUUGUCAUCUUCAUCAUCUUUGGCUCCUUCUUCACCCUCAACCUCUUCAUCGGUGUCAUCAUCGACAACUUCAACCAACAAAAGCGAAAGUUAGGAGGACAGGACAUCUUUAUGACGGAGGAACAGAAAAAAUAUUACAACGCCAUGAAAAAACUGGGCUCCAAGAAACCACAGAAACCCAUCCCCAGACCGCUGAACCCACUGCAAGGCUUCUUCUUCGACUUGGUGGGCAAGCAGGUGUUUGACAUCAUCAUAAUGAUGCUGAUCCUCUUCAACAUGAUCACCAUGAUGGUGGAGACGGACGAGCAGUCGCCGCAGAUGGAGAACAUCCUCAACAAGAUCAACCUGGCCUUCAUCGUCAUCUUCUCCACCGAAUGCAUCAUCAAGAUCGUGGCACUGCGCUGCUAUUUCUUCACUGUGGGCUGGAACAUCUUUGACUUCGUGGUGGUCAUACUCUCCAUCGUCGGCAUCGUGCUUGCUGACAUCAUCGAGAAGUACUUUGUUUCUCCGACAUUAUUCCGUGUGAUCAGGCUGGCCCGUAUCGGCCGAGUUCUGCGCCUCAUCCGGGGGGCCAAGGGCAUCCGGACGUUACUGUUCGCCCUCAUGAUGUCACUUCCUGCUCUCUUUAACAUCGGGCUGCUCCUCUUCCUGGUCAUGUUCAUCUACGCCAUCUUUGGCAUGGCCAACUUCGCCUAUGUGAAGAAGCAGGCAGGCAUUGAUGACAUGUUCAACUUUGAGACCUUCGGGAACAGCAUGAUCUGUUUGUUUCAGAUCACCACCUCCGCCGGCUGGGACAGCCUCCUCAGCCCCAUCCUCAACAACUCCCCAGAGGAGUGCAACCCCAACAUCCCCCACACGGGCACCAAUGCCCGGGGCAACUGCGGGAACCCCUCGGUGGGCAUCACCUUCUUUGUCACCUACAUCAUCAUCUCCUUCCUGAUCGUGGUGAACAUGUACAUCGCCAUCAUCCUGGAGAACUUCAGCGUGGCCACAGAGGAGAGCACGGAGCCGCUCAGCGAGGACGACUUUGAGAUGUUCUACGAGGUGUGGGAGAAGUUCGACCCGGAGGCCACGCAGUUCAUGGAGUACGGCAAGCUGUCCGAUUUUGCAGACACGCUGUCAGAGCCUCUGCGCAUCGCCAAGCCCAACAAGAUCAAACUUAUCUCCAUGGACCUCCCGAUGGUCAGCGGGGACAAGAUCCACUGCUUGGACAUCCUUUUUGCUUUCACCAAGCGUGUCCUGGGUGAGUCGGGGGAGAUGGACGCCCUCAAGCAGCAGAUGGAGGAGAAGUUCAUGAUGGCCAACCCGUCCAAGAUCUCCUACGAGCCAAUCACCACGACCCUGCGCCGCAAACAGGAAGAGGUGUCUGCCACAGUCAUCCAGCGAUGCUACCGUCGCCACCUUGUGAGACGGCAGAUGAAAGCAGCCUCCUACCUGUACCGUCAAAUCACCACACCGCGCCACAACACAGAGCAGGGCAAGGAGGGUGACGAUGGAGGAGGGGAGGAAGCACCAGAGAAGGAGGGGCUUAUUGCCUCCAUGAUGAGGGAGAACUACGGCUUUGGCUUGGUGGGUAUGGAACGCUCCGAGACAAUCUCCUCCACAUCCUCCCCGCCGUCCUACGACAGUGUGACCAGAGACACCUCUGAGCUCUUUCACCCACUCACUGAAAAGACGCAGGUGGCCGCCAUCAUCUCUGCGGGCAGCGAAACAGCCUUUGGUUCCCCUUCAUUUCAGCUCGGUAUGAAAGGUCAUGAUCUGCAGACUUGA